UUUCUGUUUGUUCAGUUUUUUAUUUUUUCAUAAUAAUUGUUAUCAGCUGGACCGUCUUUAUAAAGGUUCUGUUUAAAUCCUGACCCGGUCCGGUUUUCCUCCCUGAGGUCCAGAUUCUGGUUCGGUACCAGCAGGACUCCAGUUCCUGCUCCGUGUUUCCUCCGGAACACCAGGGGGCGGCACGGCGCUCCUCUUUAAGCCGGAAGUUUUCACCGGAAGUUCCCGCCAGCUGUACGCAUGUUCGGCUCGGCCAGCAGAAACCGAACUGAAACCGAACCGGAGCGGCUUCUGGUUCCGCGGAUCCCAGGAUGGAUCUUUCACCUCUUCUUCAUGACCUUCAUCUCUCCUCCUCCUCCUCGGAGAAGCCACGCCUCUCUAAUCCCCUCCCACCAAUCACAGAGCUCCUCUCUGAGCUGCAGAAGAAGCUGAUUGGUGCGGCUGAAAGCAGCCCUCUGAUUGGCCAGGUUGAGCGUCUGUUCCAGGCUGCAGAUCCUGAUUGGCUGUUCCCUCCGCUGUUGGAGGACCAGGACAGCAGGUGGGCGGAGCUUCAGGCAGCGUACAGCUCAGUGAUCAGUGCUCUGAUUGGCUGUGCCGCGCUGCCGGUCUGCGAGGAGGACUGCGGUUCGUUAGACGCCUCAGCCUAUCAGAGCGUCCCGAGGCGCGCUGCCGCCGUAAGCUCCGCCCUCACAGCACUGCUGGGGAACUGGGAGGAAGGGGGCGGAGCCAGAAGAGCCAGGCUGCUCCUCGCUGUGGCUCCGCCCAUCUACCUGUUCUCUGUUACACAUUUCCAGGACGAGGUUUGGACCAGCGCCGCCUCCAGAACCGCAGCGCGGCGCCUUCAGGGGGCGCUGCUGAGGGCGGGCGGAUGGAGAGACUCCGCCCACCUGCUGGCGGGGGAGGAGGAGGACAGGUGCAUUCUGGGUGGAGUCCUGGAUAUCCUGCAGCCUCAGCUGACCAGGGAGUCAUGGCGACGGUGUGCCGCCCUGAAGCUGCAGUUCUCCUGGACGCUGCUGCAGGUGACCCGCCCCUUCCUCUCCCCCUUCCUGCCUCGCCUCCUCCCCCCUUCGCUCCUCCUGAAUGACGACUACAGGCCGGAGAACUGCAUGCUGGGAGUUCGCUGUCUGCAUCACGUCGUUCUGAACACGCCCGCUGCAGACCUUCGUCAGUUUAACAGAGCCGAGGUUCUGUACCAGGCUCUGUUCAGACACCUGUACACGAGCGAGGCCGCCGUCAUCCAGCUCGUCCUCUCCUGCCUGCUCGACCUGCUGCUGGUUCUGGAGAAGCCCCCCUCCUCCGACUGCCGCAGGAAGCCAUGUCGCCAUGACGACGUGCUGCAUCUGGUUCUGACCCACAUGGAGGCGGAGCAUAAGGUGGAGCUGCGGCGCGUCUACGCCUCGGCCCUGCCGCUCUACGUGGAGAGGGUGGGCGUGGCCGUGUGCAGACACCUGAGGCUGCUGGUGCCGGUGCUGUUGGGUUACCUGGAGGUCGGGGAUCCGCCGGAGGAGUCGGUUCGGCUGAAGAUGCUGGAGGUUCUGCAGUCAACCAUCAGGUUGGCGUGGCCACGGAUGGCGAGCCGCGCCGAUGCGCUGCUGCGCUCUUUGCUCCGGCUGCUGGUCGACGUCUCUGCAGACCCGGGACUCAGCGACUCGGUCCGGCUGCAGCUGAUGGAGGGAAGCUCCGCCUCCCUGCGCCUGUUGGACGCCGCUACGCAGCGACGCGUUCAGCGGCUCCUCCUGCAGGUCGACAGCCGCCACUGCAGCCCUCAGGUUCUCUGUUGCCUGGCAACCGUGACAGCAGAGCGAGAGCACACCUGAAGCACCUGGAGGCGGAGCUUUAAGAGACCGAGCAGCACAAACACCUGAACCGAGCCGGAGCCGAGUCCGAAGGUCGGCCCACCAGAACCGGAACAAAACGGAAGGCUGGGGACUCGCUUCCUGCUGGGUCACUUCCUGCUGGGUUUUCAGAGUAAAACCCUGAAGGUCAGAUCAGUCCUGGGGAGGCAGAAGGACCCAAACAGGCCCAGAGGAUCAGCUGCACAAAUCGAAUGUUUUUUGGUUUCACGCAAUAAAGUUUUUCUGUAGAUCUUC